UUUUGUUUAAAAAAUACAAAAAAAAUCCUAACUUAAUAAAACCAUAGUAAGCCUCAAAAAUGGAAGUUAAGAACCGUCUUCUCUGUUAGCCGUCGACGGCAAUUUUCCGGCCAUCAACUACUCCGGUUGUCCCAAUUAACAACGUCAUUACUGUAUUCUUUCAAUUUCUGAGUUCUUACUUUGCUUAACAAUGGCUGCUGUUAGGUUUUCUCAUGUAAAAUGUCUACAUAGUUCAAUCAAGGGUUAUUUCAAUUUCCAAAAUGUUCAUAAUUACCACUGUAACCCUAAUAGGACUUUGAGCUUUGCAAAAAUGUCAAGUUCUUGUAUUGAUUUGUCGAACCGUCACUAUUCCAAAAGAGAGUCAAAGUUAGAUAAGAAUAAAAUGUUUGCUCAAAACCAGUUUAGCAAUGUGGGAUGCAGGGGUUUAAAUGCUGCAUUUGAUUCUAGAUUCUCGAGGGUAUGUUUUCAGAGGAGUGUUGUUAAUGUUCCUUUUGCCAGUAGUGCGAUGAGUUUGCGAAUGUAUUCGUCGUCUUUGGGUGGGAAAGGAAGUAGUGAUGGUGUAACAGAAGUGGCUACUGGGUCUGGUGUGAGUGAUGUUAAUGGUGGUGGUGAUUCGGUUGUUUCGGGUGAUUUGGUUGAGAGGAUGAAAGAUACGUGGAAGAGUGUUGUAGAGGCAUCUUCAUAUGUUGGGGAAAAGGUUAAAGAAGGUUCUGAUGGUCUUACUCCAUAUGCUCAACAGUUUCUUGAUUCACAUCCUUAUCUAAACAUGGUGGUUGUUCCGGUUGGUGGUACUUUAACUGCUACUCUAGUAGGUUGGUUCAUCUUGCCGAGGAUUUUAAGGAAAUUUCACAAAUAUGGAAUGCAAAGUCCUGUUUCUCUAUUUCAAAGAAGCGUGUCUGGGGAGACGGUUCCGUAUGAGAAAAGCUUUUGGGGUGCUAUGGAAGACCCAGCGCGAUAUCUAGUUACCUUCUUAGCAUUCUCACAAAUUGCUGCAAUGGUAGCUCCAACAGCUAUAGCCACACAAUAUCUUGCACCCACUUGGAGGGGUGCAGUGAUACUUUCAUUUGUAUGGUUUUUGCAUAGAUGGAAAACAAAUGUUUUUGCACGGACACUAUCUAGUCAAAGUGUACUUGGACUUGAUAGGGAGAAAAUGCUUGCUCUAGACAAAAUCUCAUCUAUUGGUCUAUUUGGUAUUGGUAUAAUGGCUUUGGCUGAGGCAUGUGGUGUGGCUGUGCAAUCUAUUUUAACUGUUGGUGGUGUAGGAGGAGUUGCUACUGCUUUUGCUGCCAGAGAUGUACUUGGCAAUGUGUUCAGUGGUUUAUCUAUGCAGUUUUCAAAGCCUUUUUCAAUUGGAGAUACAAUAAAAGCUGGAUCAAUAGAGGGUCAAGUGGUGGAAAUUGGUCUUACUAGCACAUCAUUGCUGAGUCCAGAGAAGUUUCCAGUCAUUGUGCCCAACUCAUUUUUUUCUAGCCAGGUAAUUGUGAACAAGUCCCGUGCCGAUUAUCGUGCCAUUAUUACCAAAAUUCCUCUGCAAGUCGAGGAUUUGAGUAAGAUUCCCCAGAUAUCAAAUGAUGUAAACAACAUGUUAACAUCAAAUGCAAAAGUAUUUUUAGGAAAAGAUGUUCCCUACUGUUUCUUGUCACGUAUAGAAAAUUCAUUUGCAGAACUGACUCUUGGAUACAACCUCAAGAACAUGCGCAAACAUGAGUUCUACUCUGCAGAACAAGAUAUUCUCCUGCAAGCAGUUCAGAUCAUUAAGAAUCACGGUGUUGCUCUUGGCAGUACAUGGAAUGAUGCUAAGUAGCGUACUCAAGACAAUUUUGGGAUGCUCUAUUUCAAGAUGUGAUAAACUUAAAUAUUUACAAGUACAAAGUUUUCAGCUAUACUAAGUAGUCAUCAUUUGCAACCAAAGCAAUUUUCUAACAUUAGUUGGAUAUGUAUAGUUUGACUUGAAAUUUUAAAUUUUGAUUUACUGAAUGUUAUAAAAAGUUUUACAUGAGUUAUGUCAUUA